AUGAAACGUACGCGACUUCGCGUCAUCAUUCAGCACGCCGGCAUCGCUGGCACCAACCUAUCCGCCCGCUACUCGACCCCCGCCCGACCCAUCCAGGUGACGUACCCGGGCGACGGCAUCGCCUGCGAGUUUCUUCUCAUGACGGUGGGCGAGCGCGGCGGCAACCCGGCGCAGAAGACGCGCAAGGGCAGCAAGGCGGUCAACGGAGCCAGGCAACGGCAGCAGCUGGAGCCCACGUCGAGGAGGGCAAGCGCUGCGCCGUCGCAGGCGUCUGAGAGGCAGCCCGACGUAGAGGACCAGGCGCCGCCCAAGGUCAGCAGCGGGAUGCCACCUCCGCCCCAACCCUCAAUGCCAUCCGGCAGGGCUACUGCGGCGAGAACGUCGGCAUUUGACCUGAGGCCUUCGCAGCGACCUCCUCCGACGUCUACUAUACGCUCUGAAGGGCUCUUUGUCGAGGACGAUCGGUGGGAGCCUGUCAAUGACGACGAGGAAGAAGAGGAGAAUGCGAGGUUGGAGUGGGAUCAUAGUGCCCAGCCUGAGGACACUGGUCCGCACAUCAACCAACCUGCCGCCGAGAAUAGCAACGAUGUGAACCCGACUCCAGCCAGUAGCUACGGCUUUGAGCCAACGCAGAGGUUGUCCGACGUGGAGAGGCUGGGGUUGUUUUACAGAGGGAGCUGA